AGAAGUCACAGGGGGCCGUGGCCAUUGGUUCUUCCGGUACCCAAACCUAAUACGGCGGGCGCACUUCACCAUAUGGUAGUCUCCUUCUAGUCUGAAAUCUUAGACAUUUCGGCUGUCUUGGGGGCCGUGUGUGCUGACAGGAUCUGGUCCAGCUUGCCUAGUACUCGGUCACGUAUAUUUUCCCCGGUUUUCAGACGUGUGUUUCGGAGGACAGCUUUCACAUGGGAACGAUGUCGGUCGCCACUACUAUCGCCAGUAUGGACAAGAUGAACACAACUGUGCCAACCGAGCCGGACACGGACACAAUAAAGAUGUUCGUGGGCCAGAUCCCGCGGUCCAUGGACGAGAAGGACCUGAGACAGAUGUUUGAGGAGUUUGGACCAGUCUACCAGCUUAACGUGCUUAGGGACAGAGCCACAGGACAGAGCAGAGGGUGCUGUUUUGUCACCUUCUACAGACGUAAAGAUGCCAUAGCUGCUCAGAAUGCACUACACAAUCUCAAAACCAUGCCAGGGAUGUCCCAUCCCAUACAGAUGAAACCUGCCAACAAUGAGAACAGAAACGCCAACGGCGAGUGUCCGGUUGAGGAACGUAAGCUGUUUGUCGGUAUGGUAUCGAAGAAAUGUAACGAGAGCGACGUACGCAUCAUGUUCGCGCCGUACGGAACGAUCGAAGAGUGUACCGUCUUGAGGGACCAGAACGGACAGAGCAGAGGUUGUGCCUUUGUAACAUUCUCCACCCGAGCUUCUGCCCUGAACGCCAUCAAAGCCUUGCACCAGUCCCAGACUAUGGAGGGUUGCUCCUCCCCCCUGGUGGUGAAGUUUGCAGACACCCAGAAGGACAAGGAACAGAAAAGACUACAGCAACUGAACGCCCAGGCCUGGAGUCAGAUGAACGCACUGGCCAGUCUGGCCGCCCUCAACCCACAAUACUUAGCUUCUGCAGUCAAGCCGAACAUAGACAAUCAAAUGACGUCUCUCAGCUCUCAGUACUUGGGCUCUCUGGGCUUCAACAGUGUCUCUGACGACCACCGCCAUAUUUUUGCAAGUUCACCUUCGCUCCUACAGCAGGCAGCGUUAGGCAACCAGGCAGCCUUCAAUCAACAGCUCACUGGCGACAUUCGGCAACUUUACACCCCAACUACAGGAUCCAGCACCGGAGGCGACAUUCGACAGCUUUACACAACCACAGGCACCAGCUCUGGAGGUUUAAAUAUGCUGGGAUUGCAACAGUUGUUGGCCGCGGCUACGGCAGCCAAUCAGGCUUCGGCGGGCACGGGGUCGUCCAGCGGGGUCAAUCCGUUGUCGAGCACAGGUUCUUACAGUUCCUCGUCUUCCCCCUGGGAUGGGUCAAACUUGGGCGCAGGGGGCAACACAAACACGUCGGCGCUGUCUGGCCUCGGAGCGCUGGCGGGACUACAGGGGCUCGGGACGCCCAACAGCACCCUGGGACUGCAGGCGCUCACCGGCCUGUCCGGGAUGGGCUCGCUGAACGGCACGCUGGGCGCAGCCACCGCGCUAACGGCCAGCGGAACCGCCGGUAAUGGGGUGGAUCCCUUGUCACAGGCUUACUCAGGAAUACAGCAGUUCGCAGGCAUGGAGCCAAGGCAAAGCAACGUAGGACAGAACUUAGCUACAUUCCCCAACGGGUACGGCACGGCGGGUCAGCUGGGCGCCACCGCCGCCGGCAAACAGAAGGAAGGUGAGCAGCAACAAGGUCCUGAGGGAGCGAACCUGUUCAUCUACCACCUGCCGCAGGAGUUUGGAGACCAGGACCUGAUGCAGACCUUCAUGCCGUUCGGGAACGUCAUCAGCGCCAAAGUCUUCAUCGACAAACAGACCAACCUCAGCAAGUGUUUCGGUUUUGUGAGCUAUGACAAUCCAGUGGCUGCCCAGGCUGCCAUCCAGGCCAUGAACGGGUUUCAGAUCGGGAUGAAGCGGUUGAAAGUGCAACUGAAGCGUCCUAAGGACGCAAACAAGCCGUACUAAAGGCCAGAUACUUAUGAUUGCCUGUCACGUUGCGUAUUGAGUGUGGGUCCGUCUCUGACACGUGCUGUAACCGUGGUUACCGUGUUCUCUGCUUCCCACGUGCCCGUACGUAUCGUUCACACUCGUGUCACUCGCUCGUUUGCGUCCGUUAUACGCGCAUGCUCCUCUCUGAGCGAGCAUGCACCCAAGCAUUUGGUUUCCAUGGCUGCCAUUUUCACAACCUGUGAACUGUAGAACUGUUACCUCCCUUCAAAAUGUACUCGCCUUGCACACCCCUUUGUUUGGAAUGGACUGGUCCAGCAUCAGAUGUUGUUGCCAAAAAAAAUUAAAGAUUUUUCCUGUUGCCAAAGUUUUUCUGUGACAAGCAACAUUCGCUACAGAAACUGAGGUCGGACUGUUCCAUCUUUCAUGGGGGUGGCAAGGGUGAUCAGCAUAUUGGAAGGGAUAUACUUCUGUAGACACUUGUACUAGCAUGCUGAUACUGUGAACCUGCCCACCCCUGCUAGACAGUGGUAUGUGCCAUUCUUCUCAAUGUGUACAAAGAAUUCUGUAUGAAGUAAUUUUGUAAAAGGUUCGUGCCACUUUUGUAGAGGGGUGUGUCUCUUUGCAGUGGAAGGUACAAACAGUUACAAGAAUUUUUUUCCAUUCUGUCAAAAAAGCACAGAUGACUUAAAGAGAAGAGCAAAGAUUUGAAAGAUUAAAAUAUAUUGAUUGUUAUUGACACCGUAAAGUUAAUUUUAUUGCUUUUUUAUGGAAAAGCUGAAGAAAAAGCCAGUUUGAACAACUUCUGAAAGAAGUGACGUUAAGCCCAAAAUGACUCUUGGGUAUUUCUUUUGCCAACAAGAAGGCAUUUUUGUUGAAAUAUUUUGGAUCUCCAGUUUCCUGUAACAUAAACUUUAACAGGUUUCUGAGGAAAAAGUUAAACAGAAAAGGAAUUUUUGGCAAAUGUAAACUCCACAGUAAAGUGACCUUCACCCCUAGAAAUCGCCAUGGUACAUUCCACAGCGUUGUCCCCUGCUAUCCACUGGGUGGAGAGGGGGAUGUGCCAUUCUGUGAGCAGGGGUGUGCAGGUUGCAGGAAAAUGCCAUGAUAAUGUCUGUAAAAGCUACUUGUUAAGUGUGUAGUGUCAGAGAGUACCUUAGUGACUUGGGCUCCGUGUGUCAGUGUGACUUUAAAAUGCUGCACUUGUACGAAACUUCAGAAUUCUCGGCCGAAAGCCUGCUCCGUGGCUUCUUGUCUUCUCAUUUCGUUUGGAACUUAAAAUAUACCAGUCUGCCUGUCAUGUUGAAUUGAAAAAGAGAAACAAGUUCUGUGUUAAACAAAGAAGUGCCCGUUUGAGCAUGGAUGAAGAAAAAUGUUCUUGGUUUCGUGCUUUUGAUUUGUUGAGUGUUGCCACUGGACGUGUAGUGGCCACAAUUCUACGUGUUGAGACUAGUGGGCCUUCAGGGAGAAAUAGAUUAAAACUGGUCUCUGUGUAAAAAAAAAACAGUGUUUGUGACGAGUACUCAGAGAUUUGAUGUUUAUAUUGUCCCUCUGUACUUACGUUAGAGGAAAGCAGGCUGACCAAAAUUUGUUGAUCGUUUGAAGAGAGUUUGUUCGUAAAGAAAAGAAGGCCAAAAUGUUGAUAUAUUACGAAGUGCCAUGAUGUGGAAAUAAAGAGCUAUAUUUCGACAAAGGAGAUUUUUGUUCAGUCCAGUGUUCUGUUUAGAAGAAAAGAGAGGAAAUUUGUGUCUCAUAAGAAGUAGAAUUGUGCUGAGGAGUUUAGUUUUCCACGCUGGUGUGAAUCUUGUGGUAGGCAGUCUGAACCAUUAUUCCGUUUUAUUUAUUGGCCUUGUAGACUGUUGGCCAUGAGCGAUGUUUGACUGUAAACGGUUUUGUUUCUGUUCCUUUCCGGAAUGUUCCCAUUUCAAGAGUGUUCCUACCAUGUAUCGUAUGUUGUUGCCACCCCUCUUCAGUAUUGCUACAAUAUUGCUACGCACCAUUGCGAUGUGUUGUAUCGAAUGACAGUCAUCUCAGUCCCAUGCUCUAGAAAGUGUGGCAAUGUGAACCAUAGCUGUGUAAAGUGAAGCAGUGUUUGCCAUGUAUCUACACUUCUCAAUGUUGAAACGUUGUUAUGAUUGUACUUAAGAGUGCAACGAGCAUUUUUGCUACAAGUUGUUGUUGAUCCUUGCCACAUGGUACGGUGGAAUUCCCAAUGGAGAUUUUUGUUGUUCCUUUUGUUGAAACAUAUCUGAUAAUUUUGUGAGAGGAAGAUGAGUUAAGGUACUGUGUACUUACUGAGAUUGUAACCCUUUGGUCUAAUCUGGUGCCAAAGGGAAAAGCCAAAGACAUUAGUACAAAUACGAGAGGGUUAAUUAAGGUCAAGUUACUUAAUCACAUAAUUUACUUAAAUAUUAACCUUCAUUUAUAGUGGUAUUCCUUUCCAUAGUUACGUAAUGCUUACGUUCCUUGUCUUUGGUUUGGUGUGAUGGUAUCACAAUGUGCCCAAAUAUGGAACUGAUCAUGUGAUCAUAAUAGACCAAUCAGCAACGAUGACUGAAGGUUGUGACCAUAUUUGUAGUGGUCAUGUGACUGGGAAGUUGUGUCUGAUUGGUCGAGCCAGUAGAACAUGUCCAUAUUUGGGCAUGUUAUAUGAGACCACUUCAGCCUAUCUGUACACAGGAGAUGCAAUAGGUGCCAAAAACUGUUGUGUUUUUUGUUCUGUUUGUUUACUUGUUUAUCUGUUUUUGUUUGUGAGCGUUUUCACAUCGUGGCAUGAUGUGUCGUUUCGCUAAAUGACUGAAACCUCCUUUAUCUUCUCUCUCACUCCCUCUCUCUGUUCCUGUUAGUUUUUGUAACGUUUUCCUUUUACUUGCAUGAGAUAUAUCAUAUAUAAUAAUAGCAGAGUAUAUCUAGUACGAAAUGGUUGCAAUUUGUUUUUGGUGUGGCAAGUCCAAAGUGUUGGUACUUGAAAGUGAUCGCAGUAAAGAAAGCACACAACGGUUUAUUUAUCGUAUUAUAUGUAGAAAAGAUCGUAAGUGAAAUGUACAUGCAUGCGGAACUUUUUUUGUUUCAUUUAUUUGAUCGUCGUUCCUGUGAUGACUGAGUAAAACGUGCGAGUGGUUCUCACUUCUCAUAUGUGAAAAGUCUCUUCGAUCCUCUCUCUUGCCUUGUUUCAUUUUUUUUUUGUUUUUGCUGUUCUGCUUCGAGGUUGCAUAUUUAAGGAGGAAAGAGAGUUCUAUCUCGCUGACUCUAGCAUACGUCUGUAGAGCCUGUUUGUAACCCAGUCACGUUGUAACAUCCACCCCGGUGUUGUUGCACUUAUUAAAAAUUUGUGUGCCGUCAUCUCAACAAGUCUGUGUUUCCUGUGUGUCAUUUGUGCGUCCACAUUCGUGCUCCGAGUCGGGGCGGUCAUGCCAUUGUCUCCGUACCGUGCGUACAGACUCCCACCGAGCGCUACUCCGCCACGCCAUCCCCUCACUUUAACCAGCCAUGUUCACACACGCAAACACACACACGCUAAUAAUCGUGUCGCCAUGGUAGCGUACAUGUAGCUGUGCAGCCCCCUGCUGUCGUGUGGUGCGUUUAACGGUCGUUACUCGGUGUCCAACAAACUUAACCCAACAUUUAACCGGACAUUCUCUUACACAAGGUGGAGGAAAUCGCACUUCUGUGAACUUAACUGCAUCUUUAACAUUGAUAAUACUACACAGGGUCUGUCAGAGAUACGUGAAAUAUAAAAUCAAAUGUUUCUUCAUCAAAGUAUAACAGUCUGAUGUGAAAAUUAAUUAUACACAUCAUUGGCAAAUUUUUUUUCAAACCAGUGGGUCAAAAUGGGUAAAAUUAAAGCAGUAAUUCUUUCUUUUGGCUAUGAACUGAAAUUUGUUGCAAUUUCUUACAAAUUUGUGCAUUAAGACCCUGAACACAAGUGCCAAAACAUCUCUGUGAAACUUCUGUUUUCACGUCGUGCAAACGCAACUUCUGUGCCAAAACAACAUCCCCUCCAUUCACACAACCAUCGCUUGCUGCUUUAGCCUCGAGUCUCGAUGUAAAACAUUGCUGUACGCUUCACUCGUCUGCAAACAUUCACCGUUUCCUUGGGUCACAGGCAGAGUACCAGGGUUUAUUCACACAAACUUUCCUUCUUUGUGAAGUGUUUAAAACUACACCAGUCCUGCAUUCAGUAUAUAUCAGAAGUUUAAAAAUGUGAAAACCUGAAACUUUUGAAGCAUUUUUGCUUGGAAAUGUGAAAUCUGUGUUGUUAAAAACUGAACAAGAAAAAAUUUUCAUGAAGUGAAGAACACUGCUUCGCAAUGCUGCAUGAGGAUCUCAGCAGGCAAGCUAUCACCUUUGACCUGUAACAUUUGACCUUUACCACCUGACGACACCAAUCCCAUGAUGCACUGGAGAUGAUCAUGUGACCUCAUCUGUCCGUGUUUCUUGUGUUUGUUCUGGCUUGACCAUCUCUGCAUUACCGUCUUCACGUGUUGCGUUUUUCCGUUUGUCGAUUUGUGUUUCGUGAUGUGUCACAUAUUUUUCUAAUGCAGAGUAUUUAUAAUAUAUAUUUUAUCAGAUGGCGUAAAAAAAAACACACAAGGUUGAGAGAGAACUUAAGGAACGUUAUAACGAUCAGAGGUUGCUUAAGAAAGGAGAAAAGGGACCAGGUGAUACCAAUGUUUUCCUUAAACCGUCUUAAGUCCAUACCAGCAUUCCAAGACAAUUUUCCAGCCUCCAGAAAAAAACAAGAAGCCAUUUCAGGUUCGUAACUCGCCUCGGUUACGGCCACUAUAAUAUUGUUGCCAUUCCGUAUCCAUGACAUUGAUGAAUCCAUUGUUGCUCAUUGGCUGGAACUUUGGCUUUGUUGUCGAGGUCAGAGGUCAGCAUUGGUAUCCAUGGUAACGGAGUGACGUGUGAGAAAACAAGUGUACUUAAACUAGUGACCAAAACUUGUGGCUUGGGGGCACGACGUCGCUUUUCCUUGUUCAAGUGGAAACAAAACAGAAAAAAAACCACAAAAAUGUUGUCCAGGAAGUUCUCACUGAGGUGCUACGAUGUGGAAAAUAGGACAGGCUUGGACACCCCUGUUUCUAGAGUGGACUGUUCCAACAUGAUUGACAGUUCGAACAGAUGGAAAGGUGGAAGUUUUAGAAAUGACAAUCACUGUAAAAGAGAUAUUAUCGUAGCUUGUAGGAAGUUUAUGGCAGAGAAUUGAAUGAAGCCCCCUUGUUUUAAAGCUGGUGGCAGCCUGCAUUGAAAAUGCAGGGUAUUUCACAUACAAAAGAGGCCAACUUACCACCAACUUGUCCACCCCUUUUCGGGGGAAAUGGAAAAGGCCCGGACGUACAAUAGGAAUGUGCCACUCUCAGAAAUAGGGGUGUUUGAGCCUAGAAGCAGUGAAAAUUGCCUAGCGCUGGGAUUUGAUGUUUCCCACUAGAUGUUGAAUGUUAUAGUACUCUGCGGUCUAAUUUGUACACAGAAUUUGAUUGUAGUUCUAUUUUGAAAUAA